UGUCGGAAACCAUAUCAAGGGGGCAACACAGCCAUGUACAACAGGCAGUGAACCAAGUUAAUGAAUGGUCAAAGGAAAACUUGAUGCAACUAAACAGCGAAAAGACAAAGGAACUGAUCAUAAGUUUUAACCGACCCCAUCCUCCACAAUUCUCACCUAGUAUUAUAGACGAAAAUCCCAUUUUGAGGAUAACCAAAGCAAAGUUACUCGGGUUAAUGAUUAACGAUAAACUUACAUGGAACGAUCAUAUUGAGGAACUAGUGAAGAAGAGUUCUCGGAAGCUGUAUUUUUUAAAACAACUCAAGCGUACGCAAAUACCAUCAAACGAUUUGGUUACAUAUUAUUGUGCAUGCGUUAGAUCUUCUUUGGACUAUGCAUGCCCAGUAUACCAUAGCUCUCUACCAAGUUACCUACAUGACGAGCUGGAAAAGGUCCAAAAGAGAGCUUUAGCGUGCAUUUUCCCAGGAAUACCUUAUUCUGAUGCUUUGGUAUUGGCGGAAACUACCUCCUAUUAAAGACCACCACAGCACAAUUACAAAGAAACUGUUCCAGUCCAUAUCCGAGAACCCAAAAAAUAAAAUCCAUCACCUGAUUCCAAGUGCUAACAAAAAUCCUAAAUACAAUCUUAGGAAAAAUAGGAAAUUUUCACUACCACUAGUAAGAAAAGAUUCUCGGACUCAUUUAUUAUGCGUGGUAGUACCAACACACUUUAUGAUUAGUGUAGAUUAUUAUUAAAAUCUCUAACAAUAUAGAUUUUAUAACUUUUAAAAUAAGACUUUGACUCUUAAAGAAAUUUUAGUUAGUAAAGUAGUUAAGUUGUAAUUUUUUUGUAAAAGUUGCGCAAUUCAGUGUAAAACUGCAAGGUAACUUAUUAAAUAAUCUAUCUAUCUAUCUCUAUCUCAUGAUCAUCUCUCUAUCUGUCAGCAUCAAUUUUGGUGAUGCCUCCAUAUCUAAGAUUCAUUAUCAUGUUAAAGUCUACACUUCCUGUGAAUUUGGUGCUUUCUUCACAAAGUGCACGAUUUUCUCAAAUAUCUGUGUAUAUCCGCUGGACUAAGUUUUGUUGGGCAAAAAAGCCAGUUGGGCAAUAUUCGCUUCACAGUCGGGCAAUAUUUGGUUAUCAUAAAAAUAAAUGGGACAAAUUCUGUCAAUUUUGUGGAAAAUUUUAUGUCAAUUUUUCGAUUUUUUGGGAAAAAUUGUUUUCGGCACUUGUUGGGCACAAUCCGAAAAAGUCGGGCAAAUUUCUUUCUCCCCCCCCCAAUUUUUCCUUCCCGAACGCCUAUGAAGAUCUCUCCUCAAAAUCAAAGUCGAAGGCGAAGAAACAACAUGGCCGAUAAACUGAGAAGAGCGAGCUCGAUCUGCCGAAUUUAUCUCUUCUCAAUAUGAGCGAGCUCGAUCUGUCGAAUUUAUCUCUUCUCAUUAUGAUGAGCUUUCUCAAUUUAAAGAAACAGCCAAAAGAUAGAUACAAGAUAUACUUACUAGAGUCAACGAAAUUUCAGAAAGAUGUGAUCUGAUUGCGAAAACUGUCGAAGAAUCUGAAGCAUACAGCUAUCAGUUCAAUGUUAAAAUUGUGGGAGUACCAGAAAUAGCCGAAAAAGAAUCUGCCCAACAGACUGCUAAUCUCUGUAUCAAGUUAUUUACUGCUUUGGGAGCAGAAGAUGUAUCUUUGAAUGAUAUUGACACGGCACAUCGAGUACCAUCGCGAUUGGCUUCAAGCAGACCAAAAGCUAUCGUCUGCAAGUUUGUGCGAAGACUCGCGAAAGAAUGA